AUGAUACGCCGUGACGAUUGCGAAAAACUUGUUCAAUAUGUGCUUCAAUUGGCCAGAUAUGAUCUGAGCUAUGAUAUGUCGAUUAGCGUACCUGCCCUCUUCAAACGCCACGUUCUAGCAGCGCAUGCUGAGCAAAUAUUCAUGUCUAAAAAGCCAGCACCAGCGCUUCAGAGCAGUUUCAAAGAACGAGAGCAGUUUCAACUGGGAACGUUGUCACACGCCCUUAAUCAGCGUUGUGCACGAUACAAGACCUGCCCAACUUCCCGCAGGUUUCAUCGAUGCUCUAUGCGUCGAGAGGCGAAUUCACCGGAAGAAUUCAAGUAU